AUGAGGCAGAGCGUCUGUUUUACAAACUGGCCUUGGGCGGUCAUUGCUCGGAAGUGUCCUACUUGUAUUUGGAGCUCUUCAAUGCAGUCAAACAUGGACACAUGCAACAGCCAGUAUUUAGAGGAGGAUUUUGGGAUGAACUAUUGGCAGCAUUCUCGAGAAGUGCAUUGCGGCGCACGAAACCAUGUCUGGCUGGAGUUCUCCUGCUGGGGUGCGAACAGGGCAGACUUUGUGCUGGACCUCACAGGAAUUCAGUUUGAUAUGAUGGGGUCAAAGGACAUGAGGUACAUACAUGUGUGUGAAACCUCAGACUCCACAUACAAGAUCUAUCAAAAAUGCUAUGAAAUUGACUCGGACCAAGUGCCCAUUCAUUUCCUACACUGGGCAGAUCCGCGAAGAAUGAGUGCAGACAGUAUAGUCCGCAUCGCUGUUGAUUAUAUCGGCAGCACCGACUGGCUUUUUGCGUAUGAAGAAGGUAUCAUCCUGGCAUAUCAUUACUUCAAAGAGACAGCUGAUUUGUCCGAAAUUGAAGAAGCUUGUGGCUUGAGCAUGGAGCAGGUGAGAUCAAUGGAAACUUUGGCAGUCAGAAAGAUGAAAUCAAGGCUUGGUGUAAGAAAUCCCUACAACUCGCAGCCCGGUGGCCGCACCUUGAUGUAG